AUGAUAUUCUCCACUUCUUCCUUGGUCCUUAUUUUGGCAAGUCUCUUUACCAGCGGGUGGCUCCGACGUGUGGAGAGCGGCAGCUCCUUUUGGGAGGCAAAUUGUCAGACUGUCUCCCCCUCGCGUCUCCACUUAGCAGACCAACACCAAUACAUGUCGCCAUCACUUGGUCCAUUUUUUCGCUGUGAAACCCCCUGUCCAGGCCAUACCCCUACUCGGUCAUUACCUUGGCUUAUGCACUACCAGGCACGCAUUUACUGUCGCCUUUCCCUGUGGGGAGGUGGCCAGAACCCCGCUUCCUCUAAUGCUGCCCUAUGGAUUGGCACUUUCCUUAUGCUUGGGGGCUUGGUCACUUUGUUGUUCGCACAUACUCUGAUGUGUACCUCUGUUUGCAAGCGGGAAUUGUGCGGUCGAAGCAUAUUUCAGUUGACAGGCUUGUCACAAUGUGCCGCCGAUCUUCUCCUGCUCAGUGGUCUCUUUGUGUGGCCAGCUGGCUGGGGUUCCAUUCCCGUUCAAGAGGUGUGCGGAGCUUCUACGGCAGCCUAUCAAAAGGGCAACUGUGAAUGGAGUAAGUCCUGCCACUUACAUUCAACACUGACGAAUGGCCGUUUAUUUUUCCAUUUGCUAUGGUACCAUGACAACUUAAUUAAUGUCACAUAUUAA